AUAUUUUGCUUUGAAAAAAUAUCAUUGACUAGAUGUAAAUAAAAUACAUGCAUAUAAUCAACUUUCCAUUGACACGAAAAUUACCAUCGAAAUGGGUGAAAACAAACCACCCUGUUCGCUUUGGCUUGGGAGUAUCGAACAAUUUAGAGAAUAAAGAAAAUUCUCAUCCUUUUGUAAUUCGCGAAGAUACAAGUACUGAUAGUGAUCACAGUGAUGGACCAAUAUUGUUUCGCGAUGAUACUCCUAUGAGUGAUAAAUCCACAACUAAACUAGCACGAAAAGAAAGCCUUUCAUUGAAGUUGUCACUGCGACCAAACAUGGAGGAAUUGAUUAAUAGAAAUAUUUUACAUAUGCAAAGUGAGAAUGAAAGACAAGAAUCAAAAGAGGCAAUUGGUGCAAAAUUGAUAAGACGACUAUCAAUGAGACCUACCCCGGAAGAAUUAAUUGAGCGCAAUAUUUUAAAAAGUCAAUCUCCAGCUGAAGAAAAGAAACAAAAGGAGGAAAAGAAAAGAUUUCUCCUACGAAAACUUAGUUUCAGACCAACCGUGGAUGAGCUCAAAGAGAAAAAAAUAAUUCGAUUUAACGAAUUUGUAAUGUUUUGAGGACAUUCUAACGUU